AUGACUCUAGACCGGAAGGCCGACAGUGCCUGCCGCCAGAACAACUGCAGCGACCAUGGAGAAUGUCAGGAAGACCCCGUGGCUCCUUCAUGUGCGUGUUUUCCUGGUUACUAUGGAGACAACUGCCAACACAACAUCUUUAAAGCUGAAUGUACCAAGGACUACAUGGUGUUCUAUGCAAACCCACACGGAGACUUUGAAGGGGCAAUAUAUGUCACAGAUAAGAGGGAACAAAGUGAUUGCGCGGCAGCCAGCAUACCCGAUCCGCCAUAUACAGGAGACGACAUCGACGAUGAUUUGAAAGGUUUCUUUGUCAAUGUUACCCAUGCCAGUGCUGCAUGUGGAGCGAUCACACCACAGGAAGAGAGUGCUGACAUUAUUUACAAAAGGAUGUUCACGAUCCAGUACAACCAAGCCAUCAACACCGGCCUUGACCAAAUAGUCAUUGUAACAUGCACGUUCAACAAGGACAACCUCCUGGUCAGCACGGAUGCAGUGAUCACAAACCCGAAUGUAGGCCCAUUCACCAACGAAACGGCGACCAAUACUUUCUCCCCGGUUUCCUUGGCUGCCGACAUUGAUGGGUCACCACUGUCAUCGUCGUCCUCGGUCCGUCUGUCCAAGAAGGUCUGUGUCACACUGGAUGUUCCACAAGAGUUUGGCGGCUUGGAGAUUCUGGGCAUAACGUUCAACAACUCGCUCCAUGAUUCGCCUGUAUCAUGGCCGGUGUACACGAGGGGUUGCCAAGACCCUGACGCCGUCGCUGUGUUAGUCAAUGUGCCCUUCUACCCACAAGCCAACAAACGCACCAUCAGGUUCUGCUUCUCGGCCUUCACGUUUGUCAACAGUUCCCGUCUGACCAUGGAAGUGAACCUGCGUGUGUGUGUCAACGCUGGAGACUGUGACGUGCGGGAGUGCAUCCCUUUUCGACGCAAACGUCAGGCAUCUAACGAGGAGACGACCGUUGAGCAAACGUUCAAUAUCUAUAUCCCUGAAACCAGCGACCCCACCAGUGAGACAAAUGGACCAAGAACAUCGGUGUCCCGAGUCAGUGACGGCAGUUCAUGUAGGUUGCCGUUUGAAUUCCUGCCGACCGUUCUUUGUCUUGGAGGCAUUGUGGCGGCUCUCAUGGCGCUGUGUGUGUUCCUCACAUUAAGGCUUCUACGCAGAACAAAGGCUUCAUGAGAUUCUGCUACAGAAAAAACUGCCAGCACCAAUCCGUAACGAGCAUGUACGAGACAGAGCAACAAUUAAUUAUAUUCUACAGAAACUGCAGCUUGCAUUCUCAAUUAAAAUAAUAGUGUCAAUGUA